AAUGUGAGAAGUUCACGUCGUUCGAAAUCAGAAUUCAUGGAACGUGUUUUUUGCGCGAGAAUUUUCUGUUUUUGUUUUACACUAUAUAUAACAAAUUGUGAGGAAAAUGAUAGAAUCAACUGACAAGAAGUUACUUUACAACACUGUGCUGUCGCAGACCUUUUCACCUGAUGGAAAUUAUCUUUUGGCUGGCAACAUCUAUGGAGAUGUUUCAGUAUUUGAUCUGUCAAAGGUCUUAGGGCCCAAUAAAGUGGAGGAGAAUGAGUUACAAGGACCCAGUUAUCGCUUUGCUACCCAUCCUGAUCAAGAAGUCUCAUGUAUGCUCUCCGUAGAGAAUUUUCUUGUGACAGGAACACGUGGCGAAAUAUCAGGAUGGGAUUGGAAAGCGAUCACGACGAAUAAAGCUCCCAAAAGCAAAGUUUCUUGGAAUAUACAAAUUCCUGUUAACAAAGACAGUUAUGAUAAGCCAGACAUAAAUUACAUGGUGUACUCAAAAGUGAAUAAUUUAUUAUAUGUUGGCUGUGGUGAUAAUAACAUUUAUAUCAUAAACAUAGAGGACAGAAAAAUUUUGAGAUGCAUGCAGGGUCACACCGAUUACAUACAUUGCCUUGCCAUAAUGGACAAUCAGCUUGCAUCCUGCAGUGAGGAUGGUUCUGUGAGAUUAUGGGAUUUGCGCAAAAAGGAGAACACUAACAUAUUAACACCCCAUUUAGUAGACAAAGUCGCUCGACCGCGAUUCGGAAAGUGGAUCGGCGCUGUUGAUUUCACGGAAGACUGGUUGCUGUGUGGUGGUGGGCCCAGUUUAUCAUUGUGGCAUAUGCGAACGAUGGAGGUUGCGACAGUUUUCGAUCUGACUGAUCAAGGGAUUCAUGUCGCAGAGAUCUACGAGGAUCGUGUCAUCGCUGGUGGCACGACCGACCAUGUUCAUCACAUGACAUACCAAGGCGAAGUUCUAGCCAAAGUUCCUACUUCGAGUCUCACAGUCUAUAGCGUAGUGCAUCAAGAAACACCACACAAGGUGCUCAGCGUCGCUGGCACUUCGAACUGCAUCGACAUCAGUACAAACUUUAAUUAUCGUGAAAUGACACUUAAGUUUGCGUAAGACUUAUUAGAACGAAUUAUGUUUUAUUACGAAAUAGGAAUUUAAUUUUCAAAUAAGGAUCUUGAUCCUUUUUCGAAUAACUGGAAUGAAUAAAAAUUAAUAUAAUUUCUUAGAUUUUUGCAAUUUUUUAAAUAAAUAUAUUAAUAAAGUAUACAUUUUUUAUACGAUACGAUGUUUCUUUUGUACAAAUAUACAAAGCGAUGAAAUGCAAAGAUAGAUACGCAUACAUUUGUUCUUAUAAUUGCACUUUUUUUGCUUAAAGUGGUAAAAACAAUACAAAAAUAUGGAAUAAACAAUAUAUGUAAGUA